AUGCUGCGAUAUCUACAAGUGGGUUUCAAUCCGUUGAAUGGCGGUCUGCCCGAUUCUAUUGGGAAUCUUUCAUCUACUAUUGAAAACUUUCAUAUAGAAGAUGCACACAUCAAUGACCCCAUCCCCAGGGGCUUACUCAACAUGAGCGGUCUAAUAGCCCUGAGCCUUGGAGAAAACAACUUGGCGGGAAGUAUUCCUUCUGAUGUUGUUAAGCUUGAACAACUCCAAGGUCUGUAUGUAAAUAACAAUAAAUUGCAGGGACAUAUUCCAGAGGCAGUAUGCCAUUUAUCUAAUUUGGUUCAAUUAAGUCUGGGUGGUAAUGAGCUCUUUGGAUUAAUUCCAGAAUGUUUAGGAAAUCUUAGCAUGCUACAAGCCAUUAUAUUGAGUUCUAACAAAUUUUCAUCCAAGAUUCCUUUGAGCAUGUGGAAGAUGAGUAGUCUUCUCUAUCUAAUCAUGUCACAAAAUUCUAUAGAGGGAGAAGUUCCACAGGAUAUUGGAGGACUGAAGGCCAUUGUAGGACUAGAUCUUUCUGGCUCAAUUCCAUUAUCCUUUGCCAACUUGAUAAGCUUAGAAUACUUGGAUUUGUCUUUAAAUGUGUUGUCAGAAGAUGUAAUACCCAGUGGUGGUGUGUUUGCGAAUUCCACUCUGCAAUCAUUUAUUGGGAACAAAGGUCUAUGUGGAAUGCACAUAAUGGAGAUUCCUGCUUGUGCUAUCACUACAACUGGACAACAAUCAAAGUCUAAGAAGCUUGUGCUUAAAAUUGUUAUUCCAGUGGUUGCUGCUUCUUUUCUGAUAUUUUUGUUUGCUAUAGUUUGGAUAAUGAAACGACGGAAGAAAGCAAACUCCAAAGAUGUGGAAAAGGUACCGGAGAUCAGGACUUAUCAAUUAGUUUCUUAUCACGAGAUUCAACAAGCAACAAAUAAUUUUGAUGGAUCCAAUUUAAUUGGUGUGGGAGGUUCGGGCUCUGUGUACAAAGGUACAUUAUCUAGUGGAACUGUGGUGGCAAUAAAGGUACUUGAUUUGCAAAAUGAAGAAGUAUGCAAGAGGUUUGAUACUGAAUGUGAAGUGAUGAGAAAUGUUAGGCACAGAAAUCUUAUUCCAGUGAUUACUACUUGUUCUAGUGAAUACAUAAGAGCCUUUGUUCUACAGUAUAUGCCCAGUGGAAGUCUUGAGCGUUGGUUGUACAUAGAAGAUUGCCACUUGAACCUUCUUCAAAGAGUCACCAUAAUACUUGAUGUGGCUCAGGCAAUUGAAUAUCUACACCACGGUCAUGAUACUCCAAUAGUUCAUUGCGACCUAAAGCCGGCCAAUGUUCUUUUGGACGAAGAAAUGGUGGCACAUGUCGGUGAUUUUGGGAUCUCAAAAAUAUUAGCUGCAAGCAAGUCCAUGGCACAUACUGAGACAUUAGGCACUCUUGGUUACAUUGCACCAGAAUAUGGCUUGGAAGGAAGAGUGUCCAGUAGUGGUGAUGUUUACAGCUAUGGCAUCAUGAUGAUAGAGGUAUUGACAAAAAGAAGACCAACUGAUGACGAGAUAUUCAAUGAAAAUCUUGGCUUGAGACAGUGGAUAAGACAAUCAUUUCCCAAGACAAUUAUGGAAGUUGUGGAUGUCAAUUUUAUUCAUGAGGAAGAACAUUUCAAUUCAAAAAGUGAAAUAUGCAUAGGCUCCAUGAUGGAAUUGGCUUUGGAUUGCACAAAGGAAAUGCCAGAGUCAAGGAUAACAAUGAGAGACGUAGUCAAGAGGCUUGACAAAAUUAAGAACACAUAUUUGGGAACAUAG